AUGUCUAUUUUAGGGACAGGUUAUUCCUGCAAUGAAGUCUGCUGCAGUUUUAUAUCGAAGUUACAAUCUUCCGCAGAGAAAAGAAGAUAUAAUAGAGAUUCCUCCUCAUGCAAUCCGGGAAGACCAAAAUGUUUAAGAAUCAGACGUCGAAUUCACAAAGGGAAAUGCAAUUGCAAACCUACAUGCACCCAAAAGACUGCAGUUGAAUACGCUCAAUCGAAAGAUGAUCAAGUUCGCAAAACGCAAGCUAAGCAGAGUCAAGUUCACGUGUGUGGUUCUCACGGAGAACCGCCCAAAUGUUGUUCGCAAGGACAGGCAAUAAACAAGAAUAUUUGCAGAUUUACUGUUGAUGCUUAUUUUAAUUAA